AUGUACAGAUUUACUAUUUCGGCACUACAGGUCAAGAUCCUCACUCGGAUACUGGGUCAGCAACCACUGCCAACAGAGCUGAUGGAUUUUUACGCCCAACUGGUGGGUAUCCUAAGCACGCUCACUCCUGCUGACCUCUCUGCACUGCUAGACAAAGUGGCUCUAUCCUCAAUGGUUCCAUCGUCACUCUCUGACAGCCCACCUUCUGUCACCAUGCAUCAAGACCUAACAACAUCAUCCCCAGCCCACUUUGGUGAAGAGCAAACUCAAGCUGAUGAGUCCAAAUUGCAGACCAAUCAAUCUCUGCAACAAUCUCUGGCGGUGAUACGCUCACAAAGAUGCCAACCACGUCAACACCCGGCUGGAGUUGCUGUCCAGCAAUCUCUGUGGCAAGCAGUCAAUGACCCUGCUAUUAGGAUCAACUUGGCCGUCAACGCUUUCAUAGCACGGCUUGCGGUCGCACAUAAAGACUCCUCAAUGUUCAACUCAGGAGAGUGGGCACACUCUGUCAACUCCCUGUUGACCUCUGUUAAGUCCACCAAUGACUACCUGGACAAGUCUUUGGCUUCUGUUGUGGCGCACUCUUGUUGCCAAGUCCCAAAGCAAGGUAUCUCCCUGGCAAACCUUUGGAGGGAUCUCCCUCAGCCUAAGCCGUCUAAGAAACGGUUUGAGCAAUGGCAUGCUAUGGGCUGCAAGUUUGCAGCCAUAGCAGCCGGUGGAUCUAUCUAUGCCCUUGUUUUGGUUGCAGGCUUGAACUUACGGGUUCAACUUGGUGAAAUGGAUGAAACAACGCCAUGGGAGAUAGCCAAUGUCUUUAGGUGGCCAGUUGAAUCUACUAUUAGUGGACAGCUGGUGAUUAGUAGAAUCAUCCCAACUACUUCUAGCUUACGCCAAAACCUGCCACUGAACAUGAACUGCAUGUUCGCACCUGGCAUGCUCAGUUAUUAUGGCCUUCCUGCCAAUAUUGAUUGCACAAAUCUUGGGGCUUCUGAUCAAAUUUUUAAGGCUAUCCGAUUCAAUACUUUCCAACCCUUGGAUUGUCAUCUAGAUUGUUGGGGAGCUAUCUUAGGUGUAGGUACAACAUCUUCAGUACGCUUCCUGACUCCCUUAUCCGAUCUUGACAACAUCCUGCCUUGUUCUCAACCACCAUCACCAUCAUUACCACCAGUUAUCCUCCCUAAAAUGUAUCUGGUUAGCAUGACAUUCCAGAAUAUGGCUAAAGGCAAUCGCCAAUACUCUGCACCGCAGGAUCCUGGCAAUAACUACAAGUGGACCGAAUCAGAAAGAGAAAGGGCAAGUCAAGCCAUCAAGGUCACAGAUGUGGAGGACCUGAUGGCCAAGAUACAGAAACAUUAUGAUGGGGGUCGAUGCUUUGCUCAGGUUAUUUUUAAACAGCUCUAUGCCAGAAUCAAUUCGCACCACUCUCCUGCCUAA